AUGCGACCGAUUUGUGUGAUCAUAGUAGCGUUGUGUUUGUCGGUAGCUGUGGCAAAUGUGGAUAAAGAUGGACCACAUUCAAGUGAUGAUACAGUUGUAAUUGAAGCCGACCAAGCGCCACCUCGACAGCCGCGGCAAGUGUGGCUAAACGCUCACGUGCCUCAUGCCGACUGGAAGCAGGCACUCGGCGACGGCAGCCCGUGUCUUACCGCCAAGGGGCAUCUUGGCUUCUGCACCUCGUUCCGUAAGUGCUAUCCAUACUUUAAGGUGCCCGAUCUGAGCGUCUGGGAGUCAUGGGUGCUCGGUAACUACGACACCUGCAGCUACUUCAACGAGCAGGGCCGCCAAGCGUUCGGUGUGUGCUGCACCAACCCCAUCACACCGCUUCCGAUCGAUUCCAAUCCCGCCAUAGAGGCCGUCCCGGCCGUUGUGCUGCCACCGUUCAGUACCGCCAGUGGUACCGGGCUGGGCGAACCGCUCAAACCGCCGAACAAGAACAACAACUACCCGAGUUGGCCACCACCAAUCCCGACCCAUCCGCCGGAUCAUACGCCCGCCACCCAUCCACCGUCGUUCGGUGGACCCGCUCCGCCGACCACCGUUGCCUCCGUUGGUCCUGCCUCGGAACCAACGCAACGGCCGUCGACCACAUGGCCUACACGACCGCAGGUGCCGCAGGUUCCCAAUCAACCGACACCGGCUCCGGUACAACCGAUCGGUGUAUGGCCGCCACCCGUACCCACCCAUCCACCGCUGGAGAUCUCCACACUGCCACCCUCCUCGUCCGGUGUCGUGAGCGAACCGUCGAACGUUGGCUGUGGUGUGAAAAAUGGCAAUCCGGACACGGAGCGAAUUGUUGGUGGCCACAAUGCGGAUCCGAAUGAGUGGCCCUGGAUAGCGGCCCUCUUUAACAAUGGACGACAGUUUUGUGGUGGAUCACUGAUCGAUAGCAUUCACAUUCUGACGGCGGCCCAUUGCGUUGCCCAUAUGAGCUCCUACGACGUAGCACGUCUGUCAGUGAAGCUCGGCGAUCACAACAUCCGAUCGAACACGGAGGUACAGCACGUGGAGCGGCGCGUGAAGCGACUCGUCCGCCAUCGAGGGUUCGAUUCGCGCACGUUGUACAACGAUGUGGCCGUCCUGACGAUGGACCAACCGGUACCGUUUACGAAGCAGGUACGAGCGAUCUGUCUGCCGGCCGCAGAUAACACGCGCGCUUACAAUGGCCAUACGGCUACGGUGAUCGGUUGGGGAAGUUUGAGAGAAAAUGGACCACAACCAGCAAUCCUGCAGGAGGUGAAUCUACCGAUCUGGACGAACAACGAGUGUCGCAUCAAGUACGGGCCUGCGGCACCGGGUGGCAUUAUCGACACGAUGCUUUGUGCCGGGCAGGCUGCCAAGGAUUCCUGCAGUGGUGACUCGGGUGGUCCGUUGAUGGUGAACGAUGGCAAGUGGACGCAGGUCGGUGUCGUGUCCUGGGGUAUCGGGUGCGGAAAGGGCCAGUAUCCGGGUGUUUAUACGCGCGUUACCGCUUUCCUGCCGUGGAUUAAGAAAAACAUCAACGACGCCUGA